CAAGCGUUUCUCUGCUUCCUUGCCGCUGAGCGAUGUUUUGAAGGGGAAAUGGGUUCAGAAUUCUUUGAUGGGGACGGAAGGGGGAAGUAAAUAAUUGAAAACUCUCUUAUACCUGGCAAUAUACAUUAAGCGACUAUCAACCAACGUCCAUGCUGUUUCCUUGCUACUGAGGAAAUUCGACUGGAUAACCUCCUGGAUUCGUAAGACUGAAGUUUGAAUCCUGUCCACUCCUGUCUUUGUUAACGUACAGUAACGUUAGUCGCACAGGGGACGUCCGUAAAAAAAGUAACAGAAUAAAUGACAGCACCAUUGACAUGAAUAGCUUAAAAAUUCUUAAGUCUUUACUGUUCUGAUAAAUUUCUGGCUAACGUUACCAGGCGAUGGAAAGCAGAGGGUCACAGUCGGGUUUGUGCGAACAAAGGAUAUGUUAACCUGAUCGAAGUGGAUCAAUGUUUAUAUUUUCAUCAAUAUCGUGUUUUCCAAAAGCGGAAAUACUGGACUUGAUAUCUAGAAGUGGCCAUUAAUGUGGCUAGAGUUAGAAAAUCACACGGAAGAAGAUGGCAGCAACUAAAGGCAAAACUGGACUAAAUAAUGAAAGCAGUUCUGGUCGGGAUAGUGGCAGGACAGACACAGGCAGUCCCACGGUAUCCGCAGGGGCCGCUUCCCUGACCACCAACAGGACCUACACACUAGAUGACCUGGACACCAUCGCCACUGUUGGUACAGGAACCUUUGGAAGGGUUUUUCUGGUGAAGGAUAAAAAGACAAGAGGUUUUUUUGCUCUGAAGGCGAUGAAAAUCCCAGAUGUAAUUCGUCUGAAACAGGAGCAACACGUGCAUAAUGAGAAAGAGGUUCUGACGGAGGUCAACCAUCCUUUCCUUGUCAGACUGUUCUGGACGCACCAUGAUGAUCGUUUUCUGUACAUGUUGAUGGAAUAUGUGAACGGCGGUGAACUUUUCAGCUAUUUACGCAGCCGAGGACGUUUCAGCAACAACACAGGAAUGUUUUAUUCAGCUGAAAUCGUCUGUGCCAUUGAAUACCUUCACUCCAAAGAAAUUGUCUACAGAGACCUAAAACCAGAAAAUAUACUGCUGGACAGUGAGGGGCAUAUUCGAUUGACAGAUUUCGGCUUCGCUAAAAAGCUCUCUGAAAGGACAUGGACUCUAUGUGGUACUCCUGAGUAUUUGGCUCCAGAAGUGAUCCAAAGUAAAGGUCAUGGGCGAGCCGUGGACUGGUGGGCUUUGGGUGUUCUCAUCUUUGAAAUGCUUGCAGGACAUCCACCAUUUUUUGAUGAUAAUCCCUUUGGCAUCUACCAGAAGAUCCUGUCCGGAAAGCUGGAGUUUCCACGGCAUCUGGAUUUCUAUGUAAAGGACCUCAUCAAGAAGUUUCUGGUGAAUGAUCGGGCAAGAAGGCUUGGAAACAUGAAGAACGGAGCUGAUGAUGUGAAGAAGCACAGAUGGUUUAAGUCAGUAGACUGGGAUUCUGUGCCCUGUAAAAAACUCAAGCCACCCAUAGUUCCCAAGGUAUCUCACGAGGGUGACACGUCUAACUUUGACACCUAUCCAGAGGAUGAGUGGAAGAAGGACACACCAGUACCAGCUAAGGAUCUGGAAAUUUUCAAGAACUUCUGAAAAACAUAUUCAUUUUUUACGAAUAAAAAGAAAAGGACUGGUCGAAGAUAAUGAUUUAGAGUUUUAACCUAAACAUUCAGGGGACAUUCAAAGGUCAUCGUUGCAUUAUUAUAGGCAUGUCCUGCACACUUGAGAAACCGAAACCGAAUUCUUCUCAUCAUCAUUAUUGUCAACAUAAUCAUGGUCAAACAUUUACAGAGGAAACAGUUCAACACUUCAGCAUCAUCUGUUAAGUGAUGAGCAACUUGAUUCAACACCCUCUUGUAUUAUGCAAAAUGUAUGUUUUUAAAGAGUUUAAAUAAGCAAUAUCGAGGUUCUUUUUGCUGGAUGAAAACAAUGGCUUUGCUUAUGCCUAAACAUGCCUGGUGAUGGUUGUGUUAUGGCUUUAUAUCUUAAAAGCUUGCUGAAUUAGAGCUUAAGCCUGACAAAUUUAGUUUCUGGUUAUCUGAACUUACUGUGUUGAUCCUUUCCUCCCACCAUUGUAUUGCUAUAUUCAUUUCGUUACAUUGGGCCUGUUUCACACGGCACUCUCGAGCAGGCAUGUAAACGAAGCAGGAGCGUACCUGCAACAUUAUGCUUUUAUACUGGCAGCUUUUUUUCCGGCUUAACAACAUAGCCAGUCUAUAAAAAAAAAUGCAUAGUCAAUCUAAAUGACAAUAAUGCAUUAUAAAUGUUUUUUUGUUUUGUUUUUUUAUUAUAAUUAAGCCUAAAAAAAAUAUUUCCAUUUGGUUGUAGGCCAUAUUUAAAUCCAAAAUGUCAUUAAUCUACAGAACCCUAAUUUCAAACUAUAGCUAUGACUUGGAUUCAGUCAUAUUUACUAAACGGAAAGCGCUGCUGUGUGCGUGCGUGCGUGUGUUUGUGUGUGAGUGUGAGAUAAGUCUAUAUUUCACUCCUGUUUUUAAUUGGUAUGCUGUUACCUUUUCAUGUUGUGCGUAAACCCAUCAGAAGAAGAAAAAUGCUUUGGCAAAUUAAUUAUUACGUUAAGUCAUAAUUAUGAGGUGGAAAGGGAGAAAUGAUGAGUUAAAAAGCUAGAAUUAUGAGAUAAGUUGUAAAAUUUUGAUUCUCAUUAUGAUUAUAUCUCAGUUUUGACUGAUGACGAAAGUGAUUAUAAUUGGAAAUUGAGAUUAAAAAGUCAUGACUGUUUCAAUUUGUGUCAUGACAUUUUGUCUCAUAAUAUGAGAUUUUUUACUUUUUGUCAUUAUUGAAAACUUUUUGUCAUUUGUAUUUUUAUUUCUACCUUUAUCUCAUAAUAGUUUACUUGUCAUAAUUUCAACCUUUUGUUUGAGAACUAUGACUUGCUCGAGUACCGUAUUUUCCGGACUAUAAGUCGCUCUUUUUUUCAUAGUUUGGCUGAUCCUACGACUUAUAGUCAGGUGCGACUUAUUUAUCAAAUUUAAUUUGACGUGAACCAAGAGAAAUGAACCAAGAGAAAACAUUACCGUCUACAGCCGCGAGAGGGCACUCUAUGCUGCUCAGUGCUCCUGUAGUAUACACUGAAGACAUAUAGCUCCCUCUCGCAGCUGGAGAUGGUAAUGUUUUCUCUUGGUUCUAAAUAAAUUACACUUAUAGUCCAGUGCGACUUAUAUAUGUUUUUUUACUCAUCAUGAAGUAUUUUUGGACUGAUGUGACUUAUACUCAGGUGCGACUUAUAGUCCGAAUAAUACGGUAAUAAUUUUGACACUUUGUCAUGAUUUUUUUUACCAAAGCUUUCAUACAAGAGUCUAGUGGUCGACCGAUAGAAGAUAUAAAGUUGAUAUUAUUUUUUUUUUAAUUAUAAUAGUUAAUAUUUAAGAAAUUUGAAAUAAUUUGACAAUAAUAAAAAAAAAAGAAAGUAAACACUAACCAAGGGGGCACUCAGUAUUCUGGGAAGUUUGUGUGCACUGGGAAUCAUAUUUUUCAAAUAAAGCCAGGGUAACCCUCAUUUUACAUAUUGCACACAGUGAAGAUGACAUGAAUAUGAAAGUGGGCAAAUGCAUAAAGCGCAGCACGAGUUUAAAGUUUAAAGCAUUUAAUUUAGACUGACUGACCAUCACACAGAGAACACGCGAUCAUGCUGGAUAAAAAUGCACACUUCACAAGAUCUCACAGCUGGAUUCGACUAAGUUUGCAAGGUUUAGGAAAUUAAAUGUUCAUUAGUCAAGAUUUGUUUAAAUUAUAUAAAUGCGUAUUUGCCUAAUGCUGACGGCAAAUAAUAAAGUAUUAUAAUGUUUGCCUUCCUAUUACUAUUAGGCCAAAUAUAAAAUAAAUCAUUAUAAUACUUUUUGUAUACAUUAAUUAUUUUGUUUAACCAUUCUAUCUGAUUAUUAGACAGACUUCUAUCCGUAUUGGACAGAACUGUUAACAAAGAUGAGGAACAAGAGAGAGUGUGUGAUCAGUUUGCGCUCAGGCACUGCCGCUCUGAGUGCUGUCAAAAUAAAAAGUCUGGCACGCCGUCGAAAUAAAAGUCAAACUCAUCGGCCAAGCAGACAAACGUAUCAGCUGAUGCCGAUAUUUGAAAAAUGCCAAAUAUCGGCAGAUAUAUCGGCCUUGGUGAUAUAUCGGUCGACCACUAUAUGCACAGGAGUCGUCUACAUUGUGAAACUACUUUGCUGCUUUUUAGUUAUUUUUCUAAGUAAACAUGUAUUAGAGAGCUUUUUUUUUUCUUGUUUGUUUUAUUUUUGUUUGUUUUUUUUUUUGUUUUGUUUUUUUGCAUCAGCACUACAUUAAGGCAAGUAAAAAAAAAAAAAAAACCUUUCCAUUCAUUAUUGUCAUGGCUCUGCAGUUAGAUACUAUUGUGCAGCAUCUUAAGUUGGCCACAGAAGUGCGGUUUGUGUGAACGGCCCCAAGAAUCCAAAGAGCUUUUCAACACAUUCCUGCCAGGAUGUCAGACUAAGAAUAGCAGGUGAAGUAGAGGCACAGUAGCACUUGACUAAUCAUGACCUCACAGACCUGUAGGUAACUAAUAAAUUAACAUUAUGAGAUGUCGCUUCACAUACUUUGGCUAUUGUGCUUGAUGUUCUAUAUGUGUUUACUAAUUGGUUAAAUGCAUAAACAAUUUACUAGCCAGGUGUUUUCUAAAGUUGCCUUUCAUAGUUACGGGGGUGAAUUUAGCAAACACAGUUUACAUUGUUUGUAAUGCUACUUAAUAUAUGCUUGGCUUUUAAAAGCCUUGCAUAAUGAGAAGAGAACUGACUACGGUGUGAAAUGCUUUAGAAAUGUAGUUACUGUGUGUAUGUUCAACAAUUCUUCCUCUCUCUGGACUUCCAUAGUUUUUCUCAACUGCUUUUGUCUGAAGCAGUAAUAUAUCAUUGUAAAGUGUCUACUGAAUAUCAUUUCUUGAAAUGACUGUUCUUUUUAAAUUGCAAAUGCAGUUUUAUACUAAGGAAUCCAACUUGCAGAUUUCAUAUGGAUUUGACAGCUGUUACCAUCUUGUGGAUUUUUAUUUUUAUUUUAUUAUUAUUUUAUUUUUUAUGUUUGCUUGUUAUUGUUUCCUGUGUGAAUAAUUUUGCUGUAUUCUAUUUUCUCUUUUACACUUGUUUGGAGUGGGGGGGGGGGUGUAAUUUAUAUUGUUUGCAACAGCAAAAACUAAAAUGAAGUUCUAUGAACUUAUAAAUUGACACAAGCCAAGCAUAGGAUUUUAUACUGGUUUUUAAUCACACCUUUGUUCAAGUUUAUCUGUACUGUCAUUUUAUUGCCUUCUGAACAUCUAUGGUGUAUUCUAGAUGGUACAAGUGCAAUAUUACCUGCAACCGAGCUGUUAUAAAAACUUCUGCAAAUUCUAUAUCCAUGAAAAUAAACUGAACUUUUCAUGUGGGCAAAA